AGCCUAUUCAUGUCACGCUGAAGUGCCCUAACAACUGCUUGGACUGGCUUGUCCCUCUUGUGUGAUGUCAUCCAAUGGACGAGUGGCUGGCGGCUGCGAUGCGCAUGUAUGCAGUCCACUGCCUCAACGCAUCACAGCGAACCGCACUUGACAGCUUGCCAGGUUAGAGGAGGGAAAAAACACACACCAUUCAAGGGAGGAAACCAGACCUGCUGAGUUUCCACCAGCCAGCCGUCAUCCGCAUCCACCCGAGGUAGAGGGCAUCUACUCCCAUCGACAUCUCGUACAUCGUUUUUUUUUUUUUUUUUUGGGAUUAAUUAUGUUUCUGUUCUAACGCACAGAUGACAGCGUAACCGAGGCAGCAAGCUGUUAAGAUACCCAAACACAGCCGCUUUGUUGAAUAGGAUCUGUUGUGACUGGACAUGAAUUCGGCGGAACAGACGGUUACAUGGUUGAUUACGCUCGGUGUGCUGGAAUCGCCGAAGAAGACCAUCUCGGAUCCUGAAGCGUUUCUGCAGACCUCCCUGAAAGAUGGAGUGGUCUUGUGUAGGCUGCUGGAGCGGCUCAGCCCGGGGUCCACGGAGAAAAUUUACCAAGAACCGAAAAACGACGGCGAGUGUCUUAGCAACAUAAAGGAGUUUCUCAAGGGCUGCACAUCGUUUCGCGUUGAGCCAUUUGAGGCCAGUGACCUGCUGCUGGGACUGAACUUCUCAAAGGUGCUGAGCAGUCUGGUUGCUCUGAAUAAAGUGACUGCAGAUAUCGGCGUGGGCAGUGAUUCAGUGUGUGCCCGACACUCUUCAGCCCAUCGCAUCAAGUCGUUUGAGUCGCUUUCCUCUCAGGCUUCACUGGGCCGAUCCUCCAAGCUGAUGCAGAACCAGUUUCGCAGUCUGGACAUGUCAGAAAACAGUGGACAGCAGCUGCUGGUGAAGGCACGUUUCAACUUCCAGCAGACCAACGAGGAUGAGCUCACCUUUGCCAAGGGUGACAUCAUCAGUGUGACUCGUCAGGAGGAUGGUGGCUGGUGGGAGGGGAUGCUCAGUGGCAGGACUGGGUGGUUUCCUAGCAACUAUGUGCGUGAGGUCAAAGGCUCUGUGUCCCCCAAGUCUGGCACUCUUAAGAGCCCACCUAAAGGCUUUGACACUUCUGCAAUCAGCAAGACGUACUAUAACUUGGUGUUGCAGAACAUUUUAGAAACGGAGACAGAAUAUUCCAAGGACCUUCAGAGCCUCCUGACGAACUACCUGCGACCUCUUCAGAGCAUUGACAAUCCUGUCUUUUCCUCUAGACUGAGCAGCUCAGAUGUGGCUCUGAUUCUAGGCAACCUUGAGGAGAUCAGCACCUUCCAGCAGAUGCUCGUCCAAUCGCUGGAGGAGUGCACCAAGCUUCCAGAGAGCCAGCAAAGGGUGGGAGGCUUCUUCCUCAACCUCAUGCCACAGAUGAAGGCUCUUUAUGCCGGUUACUGCUCCAACCACCCCUCUGCAGUUAAUGUGCUCACCCAGCACGGUGAAGUAUUGGGGGAGUUUAUGGAGGGGAGGGGUGCAGUCAGUCCUGGGAUCCUCACCCUGACCACAGGUCUCAGUAAACCCUUUAUGAGACUCGACAAAUACCCCAACUUACUCAAAGAGCUGGAGAGGCACAUGGAGGAGAGCCAUCCUGACCGGCCAGACAUUCUGAAGUGCAUGGCGUCUUUCAAAAAUCUGUCUGCUCAGUGCCAGGAGGUGCGAAAGCGGAAGGAGCUGGAGCUGCAGAUUCUCACCGAGUCCAUCCGGCUAUGGGAGGGGGAUGACAUUAAGACCCUGGGCUCUGUGCUCUACAUGAGCCAGGUCUUAGUCCAGACUCCUGGCUCAGAGGAAAAGAGUGAGCGUUACCUCAUGCUCUUCCCUCACGUCCUCCUCAUGUUGUCUGCCAGCCCCAGGAUGAGUGGCUUCAUAUUCCAGGGAAAAUUGCCCCUGGCCAGCAUGACAGUGGCCAAACUAGAAGACUGUGAAGCCCAUAAAAACGCCUUUGAGCUCAAUGGUACAAUGUUUGACCGUCUCCAGGUGGUGUGCACCAACCAGCAGGACCUGCAGGACUGGGCGGAACACCUGACCAGACAGAUCAAGCACACUGCAGCCACAGCACCCAGCCACAAACCACUCACUGUUCCCUGCCACACGCUCCCAUCUCACCCUCUCACCCCGUCCCGGCAUGCUGAAGGAAGGGCCAUGACAGUGGCCCCCACCUACCACACACUGCCUCACCCCUCCUCCCAUGGAACGUCUCACAGCACCCUGAUGUGGGGCCCACUGGAACCACCCAACACCCCCAAACCCUGGAGUCUGAGCUGUCUUCGGCCUGCACCCCCUUUACGACCCUCUGCAGCCCUCUGCUACAAGGAGGAUCUUAGUAAAAGUCCUAAGAGUGUGAAGAAGCUCCUUCCCAAGCGCAAGCCUGAGAGAAAACAGUCUGAGGAGGAAUUUGCCUUGAGGAAGAGUACAGCUGCUCUGGAAGAAGAUGCCCAGAUCCUGAAAGUUAUUGAGGCAUACUGCACCAGUGCCAAAACCAGGCAGACUCUUAACUCCACCUGGCAGGGCACUGACCUGAUGCACAACCACGUGCUGGCCGACGUGGACCGGUCCUGUAUGGACUCGCCGGGCCGCCGUAGCAGCGUGUCACGGCCGGAAUUGUCCUCUGACCUUUCGGAGGACUCUGACUAUGACUCCAUCUGGACCACCCACAGUUACAGGAUGGGUUCAGUGCCGCGUAAGAGCUGCAUCUCUCACCAGAACUAAAGAACGUACAGUACUGCCACGCUGUACUGCAAUGUAACGUACAGCGCGCUUACCUCUUUUACCUUCAAUGUAUUAAAAGAAACUAGAUUUUUUUAAUUUAUCUAUUUAUUUUCUAUUAUAUAUUUGUUAAUUUUUUGUUAACUUAUUUGGUUUAUUUAUUUUUAGACUGUUUGUUUUAAGAUGUUUUAAGCAUCUCCCUGUUGCCUUUGCCACUUUCCCUUUUAUGUGCCUCCUCUCUAUGUGUAGUUGUCAUGCAGUAAGUGUUUGGUAAUUCUUGUUCAUUUAUCUUGAAUGUGACCACUCCCCUUGUUUGACCAUAAAUGUGGCGGACUGUCAGCAGGGAGUGCAGGGAUGUUGGAGUGGAAUAUAGGGAAGGGAUAACCAGGGGAGGGAGAGAUGGGGACUGAGCUUUUCCUGUCUGAUAUUCAGAUGUAAUUCAGGAACGAGUGUAUUCUAUUUACCAUGUACUACUUCUCUCCGGUAUGUGUUUCUGGAGUAUGUAUGCUCAAACAUAGCACAGAUGCCACACACACACGCACAGGUUCAGGCACAUAUGCCCCUGCUGCCUGAUAAUAUAGCAGCAUGCAAAUGAAAUAUCCAAAUUCUUAACAUUUUAUAUCAUUGCUGUUUUCUUAAUUUGAAUCUUUUAUCAUGUUGCCAGUGCUAAGCAGGAUUGAAUUUAACAUGACCAAAAGCUACUAAAUACUAAAAAUCCUUGCUAAAUUUAAUAGUUUGUGAAUCACAGUUCAUUAUUUAAUGUAGCUGCUACAGAUAGAGGAGAUUAUCACAUAUACUUCACUCUCUAGUCAAGCGUUUUCCAGCUGGAUAAAAGCUGAUGCACUAAGAAUUGUGAAUAUAAAGAGUCAGUUCAACCAAAUUACAAAAAACAUAUUUUCACACUUAGCUGUAGUUGUACCCAGCCAUGCAGAUAGUUUCAGUUUUAUUUGCCCAGGUUGUGAGAUAUCUUUCUCUGAGAUUUAUGUCUCAACUCCAAUACAAUCGAAGUGAGUUAAUUUACUUCUGGUGCUCGCAGCUUUGAAACAUGACACUUAAAUAAAUUCCACACCAAUGUGUCUUUCCAGGAUCAGUGUCCCCAUUACUCUGGAUAAUCCAAAGACCUCACUAUCAACAGUUUUAAUUCAAACCACUUCCUACUGAAGAAAGUGUCACUGUGAAAACUGUUUAGUUUAUGUUUUCAGUCCUGUGAGCACCACAGACUAAAUUCCAGUUAACUACAGUGUAAUGUUGUGGAUGCAGAAAUCUCAGAGUCAGUAACCUGGCCAACUUUCUGCAUCAGUAGAUACCAUCUCUAGAGUUAAGUGAGAAAAUAUGUUUUGUUUUUGUUUUUUGGUGAACUGACCUUUUUAAGUCAAUACUUUUAAUAAUUUAAUGUAUUGUGUAGUCUCCUAAGCAUCAUCCUUUAAAACCUGAUCUUCCAUCCAGUAAUGUUGCUGUCUGUCAGUGGUUCUACAGGGUUGCAUUUAUAUUUAGUUUUAAACCUCAAGUUAGUGCAUUAACAAAAUAAAAAGAUUCAUUUAAACCAGGCAUAGCAUACCAGCCCGACACUAAUAAACUGUAAACUACAGCCUAACGCAGCUACAGUCUGGUAAUACAAAUCAAAUACCUUUGUUUAAUGUCUCCUGCUAGUUAAAGGAAUAGUUCGAUGUUUUGGAAAUUUGCUUAUUCGCUUUCUUUCUGGAAGCUAGCUGAGAAGCUUGAUACAACUCUCGGCAGGUCAGCUAGCCUGGCUCUGCCCAAAGGUAACAAAAUCCAGCUACCACCUCUAAAGCUCACUAUUUAGCUCGCCGGUGGGUUAUUUUAACCUUUGGACAAAGCUGUUUCCCAGUUUCCAGUCUUAAUGCUAAACUAGGCAAAACAUGUCCCAACUCCAGCUCUAUACUUAACACACAAACAUGAGAUUGAUAUUGAUUUUCUUGUCUCACUCAUGGAAAGAAAGCAAAUUAGCGUAAUCUAAUUCCUUUAAGGUGUAGCUGUUACCAGGGUCUGACAAUUUGACCAGGUUAGCGUAACGUCAAAGACAAACAUCCCUUGUGUCACAACAAACUAGCACCUAUGCCAGGGCCUCAUGAGCCAGACUGCCUUUGUGUUGUCUGGCUUGCGAGGUUUCCCAUGCUAUCUCUUGCAUUAAUGACUAUUUUUAUGAAGAAGUAUUUUUCCAGUAUUGGUAUUAAAAGUACAGGUUGGUCUAUCUCCUCUUACAGCUAGCAAUGUGAGUGACAUAUGGAAUAUAUUGGUCCAUGUUACAGUACUAUUUACUGUUUCUGAAAUGAUUUCUUUAUUGUAUUCAUUUUUUGUAUACAGGCGUUUUUUUAUUUAUAUUUUAUUCUGUAUGUCAGUGUUUACAAAAUGAUCCCUGGAAGAAUCAUUUGUUUUUUUUUUUUGGGUUUUUUUUUUGGUUUUUUUUUUACAAUUUAUUGCUCUGUAUCAAAGUUUACACUGAAUAUUAUAACAUGAAGUGUUUGAAUUAUUUUGCACAAUCAUGUAACGGGCCAGUGGGUGUGGGGGAUAGAAUCUGUUCAAUUCUAUACUUUUUGUCAUCUACCUAGAGUGUGUAUGAUAUAGUCUUAAAGGUAGACUUGAGUAUUCAGUGUUACUGUAAAGUAAAUGCUCAUUCGUAGUGUAAAUGCUCACCUUCUGUGUUUUGAAAGCAUUGCGGGUUAAAAAAGAAACAAGAGACCGUGAUUAUACGGAAACAUUUCUAUGUGAACUACUCAUUCAACCUCAGAAUACUGUCAGAGUGGACUUGAAAUAAAAGAGCACAUAGUCUCCCUUUCUGUAAAUACUAGUUGUCCUGGAGCAAGAAAAAAAACAUUCUACCUUCUAUGAGUAUUUGAGCUAAGAAUAUCACUGUCCUUAUAUCAUGUGCUAUACUUUGUGACAGGUGUAUUCUGUGGUUUAAGAAACUAAGUCAAUAUGUGGGACAGGCAGGGCAAAGAGACCAACUGUCUUUGACCAACAUUGUCCUCUGUGUGCUCUAAUGCUGUAUUCAGUUCACACAUGUGACCAUGUCUUAUCUGCAAACAGCGCCUUCGGUGUAUUUGUUCAACACUGCUGAAGUGUUCAAGUCCCAAACGCUGUAUUAUGAGUUUUGAAUAAAUCUGUCUUUUGGUAGA